GGUGCACAACCAGCUACGAGUGAUACAAUGACAUAUUUGUUCUUAAUCUGUGCAAUAUUCGGAAUUUUGCUUCUCUUUGACAUUAUAUAGUGGCAUAUUUGUACUUAUUAGUGGCUAUGUUUAGCAUUAUAGAUUGUAAUCUUUAAUAUUGUGGUAUUGUUGCAUUGUAUAAAGAGCAUUUUUUCUUGACAGUCAUGAUAAGACCAUAAUACUACAUACGGCGACGAUGGGAGAUCCCGGUGGUGUUGGAAGCGAAGGAGGCGAGCUUGGUGAUGUAGGAAAUCAUCGGCAACACUCGAUUGCACGGUGCCAGGCACGAGACCCUUUUAUGUUAUGGACCGGCCCUACUUACAAUCCAACGCCCUCACUCCACCUGUUGUGCUUCCUUCCCUGCCUGAAUCUGUGCAUAUCCCCGUUGUAUCUCCGCCAGAGGGAGGGGGGGGGGAGGCUUUUGACAUCAUAUCCAGUCAUCCAUACGCCGACUGGUUAGCCGUGCGAUUUCUCACAAGGUUUGUUGUGCACAUGGUUCAUUGGGCUUUCAUCUUUAGCAGCAAUAGGGCAAUGGCGAAUAGGUUUACUGCAUAAUUGCAUCUGAAACUUUUUUUCCUUCUUGUUUGCAGUUGAUAUAAUUCCCGAAUCGCUAUGAUUUACCCUGCAGUUGACACAUUUUACCUAACGAAUGAGCAGCUCAAGAACUCUCCUUCUAGGAGAGAUGGAAUAGAUGACGCCACUGAAACUACUCUUCAAAUCUAUGGGUGUAAUUUUAUCCAAGAGAGUGGAAUUUUAUUGAAACUACCUCAAGCUGUUUUGGCCACUGGUCAGGUACUAUUCCACUGCUUUUACUGCAAGAAAUCAUAUGCUCAUUACAACGUGAAGAGGGUUGCUGCAAGCUGUGUGUGGCCUGCCUCAAAACUUGAAGAGUGUCCUAGAAAAGCCAGACAGGUCCUCACUAUUUUCCACAGAUUGGAAUGCUGGAAGGAGAAUUUACCAUAGAGCAUUUUGAUACCAUUUCAAAGAAAUAUGCUGAACUGAAGGCAGAGUUGGUCCGUACAAAAAGGCAUCUUCUAAGAGAUGGGUUUUGUGUGCCAUGUUGAACAACCUCAUAAAUUUAUAUCAAAAUAUAUUGCAGCUCUUGGAGUGCCUGAUGAAUUGAGACAGGAAGCAUGAAAUCUUGCAAAUGACAGUUUGCGCACAACAUUGUUUGUUAGAUUUAAGAGUGAGGUUGUGGCCUGUGGAGUUGUGUAUACUGCAGCCCGUAGAUUUCAAGUGCCAUUGCCUGAGAACCCUCCAUGGUGGAAAGCAUUUGAUGCAAACAAGGCUGGGAUCGAUGAAGUUUGUCGUGUUCUGGCCCAUCUUUACAGCCUUCCAAAGGCACAAUAUAUAGCUGUGUGCAAGGAAACUGGUUCGUUUUCAACAUCAAAUAGAUCAUGGGAUUCACCCUCUCAGUCAGUGCCUAAGGAAGUUGCAUCAAAUGGCCCAUCCGGGAAUGAUGACACCGGUGCUACUCCGAAGGGAGCUCCUGCGGCUGCAACAGGUCAGGAAGUGCGCAAAGAUGUGGUGACAAGAGCUCCUCUUGAGAAGACAAAGAGCAGCGAAGAGUCUAAAAGCUCGUUUCCUGAAGGAGAAAUAAGGGAUGAGCCUGGGUCGAAAUCAAUAACUGUACGCAAGACAGAAGCAGGAACUGGUGAAAAGGAUAAGAACAAAGAUAGGGAUAGAGAGAGGGAGAGGAAGAAGGAAAUAUCAAAGUCAUGGGACCGCGAUAGGGGAAGGGAAAGUGAGCGGGAUGAUAUUGAAAGGGAAAAGGAUAGAGCCAAAGGAAGGAGCUAUCACUCAAGAGACAAAGGGCGCCAGGAGAAGCCAAAACACCCCUCUUCUGGAGGUAUAGAUAUGUUUAAUAACAAAAUGAAGUUACUUUUUUUCAUGCAGAUCGGGACUAUCAUAGUUCCUCUUAUUCAUCAAGGGAGAAAGAGCGCCAAAGACAUCACUAAUGCAGAGUCAUGAACAAUUAGCUCAGAGGUUUUCUUUCCUUCUUCUUCCUGGCUGUGCUAUAUACAUAGGCUUGCUUGAUUUAGUGGUGCUCACUCACCUGGCCUGUUUAUUAUCAUCUGUGCAUUUUGAAAUUGACUAGUUCUGGCUAGCCUUGAUAUAGAUGGUUAAAAAAACAAAUGCCUGUGAUAUCUGUUGAUUCAUUGCUCAUCAGGAUUGUGUU